UCUAUCCCUGAAAAGACCGCCGAGUGUUGCCGAAACCGGGACAUCGGCAUUAACUGAGACCUUGACGAUAGCUCAACACCGACAUCAAUGAACCCAUGUCAAUAAAAAAAUCGUGACAAUUCCCCGAGUGACGUAAGCCAAAUGUAUCAAGAGAAGUGGUACACUGUACAGUGCAGGGAUUCAGCGUGGGGGGAAAAGCAGUCCGCGAAUGGCCUCGAGGGGGGAACCUCGCUCAAAUUCUCGCAACUAUACUACGUUCAAUUCCUCACUCCCGUAAUAAAACAUAGUUGGCCUCUGCCUCACCUAGAUAACUCAUAAAAAACAAAACAAUUCAAUCCGCACCCAUACGAUGUUCGGGAGAUCAAAGUUUGGGUCCGGUCGCGGAUACAGUUUCAAUUCAUCAAAACACCCAUUCGGAAGGAGACACCGCAAUUGGAUAUUUUUGAAUCGACGAAAGUCGAGACACCAUCAUCAUGAGAGAAAUCCGGUGGAGGAGGGCAGUGUGAUCAUGACAAGGGACUCACCAGCUAUCGAGUCAAUCUCAGCAGUUCACGACAUCUCCGAUGGCGAGCGUCCCAGGCAUCUGGAGAUUUCAACGACUUCGGGUAAAUCCAAGGAUGAGGACAUGACUGACGCCAUUGAACUACAAACUAAGGAGCCAACGAUGAAUGGCCACAACGGUGUUAAUCACAAAUUUAAGGAUCAUUAUCAUGAGGAGAAGGACAAUGACUGUUGUGUCAAGUGUGUAUACUUUGCUCAACAAUGCUGCGAGUGUGUGAUAGUCUGAGUGACUGUAUUAUUUUGUAUUCUUCGGAAAAUUAAUUAACUAACUUUUAUAAAAAUAUACAUCAAGUAUUUUUUUAGAAUGAUUUAUCUAUUUAUUUGUACUGGAGGCAUGAAGAAAUGGAGAUUUCGUAAAUUUUUUAUGAAUGAGGUUAAGAUUCAGUGGUUGGGGGGAAAAUGCUGUCAAACUGAGGCCGGAAAGUGGCGCCACUGAACCGCCGAUUUGCUAUUCUCCCGCCGAUUUUUUUUUGUGAAUGUCAAAUGAAUGUAGGAAGCAACGUAAUUACUGUGUAAUUAGGGACAGAAAUUUUUUAGGGAACAAUAAAGUGAAUUUUAU